UUGCGCUUAUACCCUAGGCCUACUUGAUUGUAAUUAUAUUAUUGAGAAAAGAGAAUUGUAGGCCUCGUAAAAAUUGCGGAAAGUGCAGGCGCACAGUAUCGAUCGUGCCACUUUGCGUGCGCCAUCACCUUUGCCUUGCGGGAUAAAAUCAUUGCAUACUCGAGUUUAAAGAUAAUUCAAGAUGGCGAGCCGUGGUCUGUCUAAAAUUGAAAAUGAAGAGAAGGAAUCAAAGUAUGGAUACGUAUAUGCAGUAUCCGGACCUGUCGUAACAGCAGAAAAAAUGUCUGGAUCUGCUAUGUACGAGUUGGUUCGUGUUGGUUAUUAUGAACUGGUAGGAGAAAUCAUUCGUCUGGAGGGUGACAUGGCCACCAUUCAGGUAUAUGAGGAGACCAGCGGUGUGACUGUGGGUGAUCCUGUGCUCAGAACCGGAAAGCCACUUUCCGUAGAGUUGGGUCCUGGUAUUCUUGGCAGCAUCUUCGACGGUAUUCAACGUCCCCUAAAGGACAUCAAUGAGCUUACCAGUUCCAUUUACAUCCCUAAGGGUGUAAACGUUCCUGCUCUUUCUCGCGUUAUCAAGUGGGAAUUUAAUCCCUUGAAUAUUAAGAAGGGUAGUCACAUUACUGGUGGUGAUAUAUAUGGUAUUGUCCAUGAAAACACCCUGGUCAAGCACAAGAUGAUGUUACCACCAAAGAGCAAGGGUACCGUAACUUAUAUUGCACCAGCAGGAAACUACACUGUAGAUGAUAUAGUGCUGGAAACUGAAUUCGAUGGUGAGAGAAGCAAAUUCACUAUGCUUCAAGUAUGGCCUGUACGUCAGCCUCGUCCAGUUACGGAAAAGUUGCCUGCCAAUCAUCCUCUGCUCACUGGACAGCGAGUUCUUGACUCUCUCUUCCCCUGUGUCCAAGGUGGAACCACCGCUAUUCCCGGUGCCUUUGGUUGUGGCAAAACAGUCAUCUCACAGGCCUUGUCCAAGUACUCCAACUCUGAUGUCAUCGUCUACGUCGGUUGCGGAGAACGUGGUAACGAGAUGUCUGAAGUAUUGCGUGACUUCCCUGAGUUGUCCGUUGAGAUUGACGGCGUAACAGAAUCCAUCAUGAAGCGUACUGCUUUGGUAGCCAAUACAUCCAACAUGCCUGUCGCCGCUCGUGAAGCUUCCAUUUACACUGGUAUUACUCUGUCCGAGUAUUUCAGGGACAUGGGUUACAAUGUAUCUAUGAUGGCUGACUCCACUUCCCGUUGGGCUGAGGCUCUUCGUGAAAUUUCCGGUCGUCUCGCCGAGAUGCCUGCCGAUUCUGGUUAUCCCGCAUAUCUUGGUGCACGUCUUGCCAGUUUCUACGAGCGUGCUGGAAGAGUCCAAUGCCUGGGUAACCCAGACCGUGAAGGUUCCGUCAGUAUUGUAGGUGCUGUGUCACCUCCUGGUGGUGAUUUCUCCGAUCCUGUCACCAGUGCUACCCUCGGUAUCGUACAGGUGUUCUGGGGUUUGGAUAAGAAACUUGCCCAACGUAAGCACUUUCCAUCCAUCAACUGGCUCAUCUCCUACAGUAAGUACAUGCGCGCCCUGGACGACUUCUACGACAAGAACUUCCCGGAAUUCGUACCUCUGCGUACGAAGGUAAAGGAGAUCCUCCAGGAGGAAGAGGAUCUGUCGGAAAUCGUACAGCUGGUCGGUAAGGCAUCCCUUGCUGAAACCGAUAAGAUUACUCUUGAGGUCGCCAAACUCCUCAAGGAUGACUUCUUGCAACAGAACAGCUACUCUCCCUACGAUCGCUUCUGUCCCUUCUACAAGACCGUCGGCAUGUUGCGCAACAUAAUUGCCUUCUACGACAUGGCCAGGCACGCAGUAGAAUCGACAGCGCAAUCCGAUAAUAAAAUUACCUGGAACGUCAUCCGCGAUAGCAUGGGCAACAUCCUCUACCAGCUCAGUUCCAUGAAAUUCAAGGAUCCUGUUAAGGACGGCGAAGCCAAGAUCAGGUCCGACUUCGAUCAGCUUCACGAAGACAUCCAGCAGGCCUUUAGAAACCUGGAAGAUUAAUUUCCCAUUUCACUCAUUAAAACUACCUUUGUUAAUUGAUUCUUCGGGGUCACCGUCGUUUAGGGAUGUUCCAAUUCUAUAUGAACGUUGCAGGUUCAUGGAAGAGUCACUAAUUAUCUACUAUCACUAAUUCGCGACGUCCUAUCGGUGAAACAUUUUGUCUCACCGGUUCAGCGCGAUAUUCCUGUUAUUUCCAAAAGAGUAACGCAAUAAUUGCGAAAAAGUUAAUGAAACAAAGGACGACCUCAUGGCGUUCACUCCCCUCACCGAGCUGCCAUUGAAAAAGAAAAAUAUUGAAAGUAAUAUAGAAGUAACGUUGAAAUCUGCAAUGUGGUUGCAAUCAAACGUAACGCAGUAUUAGAUUAUUUGAAUUGAGGUAGCUACCUCGAAAAGCCCAGAGAUUGUAUAUAAAAAAUAGUCGACAGAAUUGUCAUCUGAGAUCUUAACAGAAGACGUCUCGACGCCUUCGUCCAUCCCUCCUCUGCGUACAAUAGAAAGAACCGUAUAUCCUUUUAUUCCAACGCGAUUGAAUUUCAGUUUAGAGUGCUAAGAGUACACUCCGAUCGAGACAAUAAAAGUGGGACGCCCCUAAACGCGUGAGGAAAUUUUAUUCGAAAAUGUGUUUCCAACUAUUGUAAACUAUUCCUAUAUUUUAAACUAAAUGAAAACGUGGAUGACCCUUUUACUAUUUUCUUUUGCAUUAGCGUCAUCCACCAGGGGCCAGUAUUUACUGUAAUCGCGCACAUGCUGCUACCCCAUUGAUCGUGUGCUCUACCAGCGAUCUUGCUGGCAGGAAUUGAUAAUAAAAAUUAAAAAAACUAGUGUUCGCGCUAAUGGAAAAGAAAUGUAGUAAGGUCUCUAUCUAUGUACAAUACAGAUGUUUGUCACGUGGAAAGCUCUCCUCCAUUUGAACGUCGAUGGACGAUAUUAAUUAAUUGUAAUUAAUUAAAUGAAAAAAGAACACAUGGCCUUGGUGUUUAACAAAACGUCAAAUGGAACGACAGCUUUCUCAGGACAGGAAAUCACUAUUGAAUCAUGGAGUAUUAGUUAUUGUACCAUAUUAAUAUUAUAUAAACGUAAUAGAAGUAAAACAUAGGCGUUAAAUAAUGAUACAUGUUAACGUUAAGACGUUAACAAAAAAGGCUAAAGUGUAGAGACAUUAAGAGAACUAGGCUAAAAUUGGGGUGCUGGGUCUUCAUUAUGCAAAACCAAAACUUGAUUAUGUCCAACGUUCCAGCAGCUUCAGUAUCAUUUCCAGUGUACGAUAUGUAAAAAAUAAAAAUUAUGCACAAAAACCAUGAAA